AUCAAAUUUAAAUCUGGUCAACGACAAAAAGAGGGGAGCAAAACAUCUGUUUACAUUAUUACGUGACAUUACGUAGAAGUGAAAUUAUUUUAACACUCUUCCUGGGCUUAGAAGAUUUACGUUUCUGGUGGCACGUAGUCUGGUCGAUGUCGUCAAAAGUGGGAAACGUGUUGUAUCAUCGCGGUACCUCGCGAUAAUAUUUAUCGUCGAAUAUAAACUUGAUCGAGAGACAUUCCAGCGAGUUAAAUUACGAAAAGCAAACUCAGCGCAACCAUGUUUACCGGUUUGAUAAUGUUUACGGUGCUUUUACCUUCUAUUGUACAUGGCAAUUAUUUCGGAUCGAACAAUAAAAAAGACGACCAGUGUUUUUGCAAGUUAAAAGGAUCAAUCGACGACUGCAGCUGCAAUGUAGAUACAGUGGAUUAUUUCAAUAAUAUGAAAAUUUAUCCAAGAAUUCAGAGUAUUCUAGUCAGAGAUUAUUUUCGUUUUUAUAAAGUAAAUUUAAAACAAGAAUGUCCCUUUUGGACAGACGAUAGCAAAUGUGCUAUGCGAUAUUGUCACGUACAACCGUGUCAAGAUGAAGACAUUCCAGAAGGUUUAAAAGGAGAUACGCUGCGAAAUAUUCACUUUAAUGAAAGUCCUGUGGAUAAGUAUAAAGCCAAAGGACAGUUUGAUGAUUGUCUACGCAGUGUUGAAGAUCAUAAUAGAGAACUUGGUUACUUGAAUACAACAAUUAGUUCAGAGAAUUACAAAGAUUUUAAAUUGUGGAAACAAUAUGAUGAUGCUCAGGAUAAUUUUUGUGUGAAAGAAUCUAGCCCCGGAGAAUAUGUGGAUCUGUUGCUUAAUCCUGAAAGAUACACAGGCUAUAAGGGACCUAGUGCGCACAGAAUAUGGAAUAGUAUUUAUAUGGAAAAUUGUUUUAGACCUGAAAAUUCACCUCAUAAUUUUAUUCAAUCUUCGAAAAUGAAUGGAAUGUGCUUGGAAAAGAGAGUUUUCUUUCGGGUUAUAUCAGGCCUCCAUGCUAGUAUCAAUAUUCAUUUAUGUUCAAAAUAUUUACUAUCGCCAAAAGAUAGUUUAGAAAUACUACCUUCUGGUCAUUGGGGCCCUAAUGUAAAAGAAUUUCAAAAGAGGUUUUCACCAGAUAGAACAGGAGGUGAAGGUCCAAAUUGGUUGAAAAAUUUAUACUUUAUUUAUUUACUUGAAUUAAGAGCUUUAACUAAAGCUGCACCAUACUUGGAGAGGGAAGAGUAUUAUACUGGUAACAGUGUACAGGAUCAAGAUACUCGUCUGGCAAUAAAUGAUAUGUUAAGUGUUGUCAAGUCGUUUCCGGAACAUUUUAAUGAAAGUGUCAUGUUUGCUGGCGGAGCUGAGGCUCAGUUGUUAAAAGAACAAUUUAGGCAACAUUUUAGAAAUAUUUCUCGUAUUAUGGAUUGUGUAGGAUGCGACAAAUGCAAACUUUGGGGAAAACUUCAAAUACAUGGGUUGGGCACAGCAUUAAAAAUUUUAUUCUCAGGAAAGUUCGAUAAAUGGCAACCAACAUUACAUAACUUUAAUAAGAAACUAUUCUUUUUGGAAAGAAGCGAAAUUGUUGCUCUUAUAAAUGCCAUUGGAAGGUUAUCAGAAAGUAUCUUUGAAUUGGAUAGAUUUAGACACAUGAUUAGAUAACAAAAUAUUGACUAGUAAUUACAUGAUAAAGUACUACAGCAAAACACAUCACACAAAUUAACUUACAUCAUUUUUACUUAUAUAGAUUUGUUAAAUAACUGGUUCGUAUUGGUUACAUAAUAUUUUUAAAACUUAAAUCGUUUAUUAAAAUAGGUAUAAAGUCGCAAUAAAAAUUGUUAUGAUUUAUAUGUAACACGUGUUACAUUCUCUAUUAUAAGAAUUAGUUUAAUAUUAUUAAAGUAAGAGAGAUUCAUAAGAUUUCACAAGAUUGUUCUGUAUUAAAAUUUUAUUGCGAUUUUAAUAAUAACUUCGACUCCAUCUGUGAUAAACAGUUUGUUUAUGAAAAAGAUUUUAAUAUUAAUUUUGAAAAUAGAAUAAUUUCAGUUUUAUAAAAGUUUUACUAUAAUUCAUCUACUUAAUGAAAUUCUUACAUAUACACCAGUGUUACUUUAGUAAAUAUGUUAAAUUUGGGAAAUUGUAGCUUGUCGUUUCGAAUGUCAACUUUCCUUUCGAUGAAAAAACAUUUUACUGACAUUCUACUCUAUACAUAAAAUUCAACAUCAUUUGGUAAUAUUUUAAAGAAAAUUAUUUAUAAUGUGUUUACUCAACAAAACCUUAUGUGUUAUAAAAAUUACUCAGGGUCAACCAGUUUUGUAUGAUAAUGAACAUGUGUGCAUACUUUUAUGAAAAAUCUUAUAUUCCACAUUUUUAUAUUAUUGCUACAGUGGACGCAACGUAAAGUACUGUAUUAUUUUCCGAUAAAUUUACACACACAAAAAAAAAACGCCAGUGUAUCAUAUUUCUAUAUACUAUUUCAUAAUAAUUUAUAAAAUAUUUAAUACUAUUGUCUAUACGCGUAAUCUUAAUUUAUUGUCAAGUCGCCAAAUUGUACUAUUUAGAGAUUAUAAAAUAUCCAUGCUUAUUUUAGUUUUCCAUUAAA